AUGCAAAGAGAAGAGUUUGAAGAAGACAUAAGGCAUCUCAAACGCUUUUCAGAAACAGCAAGGGGAAGUCCCAUCACCAGCUUAACUCCAUUCCUCGACGAAGAAGGAGCAUUAAGAGUCGGUGGACGUCUAGAAGCAGCAUCCUUAUCAUAUGAAGCCAAACACCCAUUGCUUCUUCCUUAUUCUCACCCUUUUACAAAGAUGAUUAUGGUAAUGUACCACAAGGAGAACCUUCACUGUGGCCCUCAAGCACUUCUAGCCUCAAUGAAACAAAAAUUUUGCCCCAUAAAGGGAAAAACAAUAGCAAGAUCAGUUGUGCAGCAGUGUAUUAGAUGCACAAGAGCUAAGCCGAAACUACUAACACAAAUGAUGGGAAACCUCCCAUCUCAUAGAGUUCAGCCCACACGCCCAUUCCUUAAUGCAGGUGUCGAUUUCUGUGGACCAAUUAAAACCCAUUUCAAGGUGAGGGGGAAACACCCGCAAAAAACUUACAUUGCGGUAUUCUGCUGCUUUUCAACAAAGGCUGUCGAUUUAGAACUUGUGACAGACCUGUCUACAAACGACUUCAUUGCAGCUAUGAAGCGAUUUAUUGGGAGACGAGGCAGCUGUCAGCAUUUAUACUGUGACAAUGCAACAAACUUCGUUGGCGCUAACAAUCAAUUACAAGAAAUGAUUGAACACAUACAUACACAACCGUCUGAAGAAAAAAUCCAAAACACCUUUUCCGCAAGGGGAAUAGAAUUUCACUUUAUUCCCCCGAGAGCACCUCAUUUUGGAGGAUUAUGGGAAGCGGCUGUGAAGUCAGCAAAGCACUUACUGUAUCGUUGCCUUGGUGGAACCUCAUUGACAUAUGAGGGACUAGAAACAACCAUCAUUGAAAUCGAUGCAGUAAUGAAUUCCAGACCGAUCACUGCCAUGUCAGACAAUCCCAAUGAUUUGAUGGCUCUCACUCCAGGUCAUUUCAUUAUAGGGGAACCAUUGACCAAUCCAAUUGAUCCAGUUGCAAACACACUGGAGGUUAAUCCCUCAAAACAAUUUAAGGUGAUAUCAAAUAUUCAAAAGGUAUUUUGGAAAAGAUGGCAUGUUGAAUAUCUCAAUGAGCUUCAACAAAGGCACAAAUGGCAGCGCAAACAUGAAAACUUGCGUCCUGGAACAUUGGUCAUCAUCAAAGAAGACAAUUGCCCUGUCAUGAAAUGGCCAUUAGGAAGUCAUGCAAACCUUUCCUGGGGCAGAUGGCGUGGUAAGAGUAGCUGA